CCCUUCAGUCUGCGCGAUGAGACGAGCUUAAUCAAGGCGAUGCGGCAUAGCAACGUUGUCAUUAACUGCAUUGGACAAAGUCACCCAGCAAAGCUUGAUUACUUAAUGAAAGAAACCAAUGUAGAAGGAGCUGAGAAUAUUGCUCGCUUAUCAAAAAUCCUGGGAAUAGAUCGUUUAAUUCAUGUUUCUUUACUCAAAAAGACUCAAAAUUCUUCACUACAGAACUCUUCAAAUCUUUCCCUUUUUAUUGAUACGAAAGCAGCUGGCGAGGCGAUCGUAUUAAAAGAAAGGCCAGAUGCGACAAUUUUUCGACCUGCUUCGAUGUGGGGGAGUGCUGAUCACUUUUUGUCUUAUUUUGCCUCAUUGGCGCGUCGUGUAAGCUUGGGAUCUACAGCACAUAUUUAUCUUCCUGACAAGGGUAUCAACACGAUACAACAGCCCGUCUAUUAUGGCGAUGUUGCUGAAGCAAUAUCUAUAGCUGCUGUCUCUCCCUCAACUGCGGGUAAAAUUUUCGAGGCUGUUGGACCCCAUCGGUAUAGAAUGGACGAUCUUAUUAAGUGGAUAUAUUUUACUAUGCGUUAUUUACCGACCGAGAUUAAAAUAGUUGACAAUUUACUUUGGAAACGCCUCACAGAACUUCGAAUUCUCCCUCAGCUGCUUUAUCAAGAUUCUUUAACAGAUCAACUUACUGAUAAUCCCACGUUAGAAGACAUUGGGGUUAAACUCACAAAAUUAGAAGAUCGUCUGCAUCACAUUCUCUUUUGGUAUCGUCGUUAUAGAGAGUAUUGGGAUGCUGUUAGCGAGUUUCCUGCACCACCCAGUCCUCCUAUUCAAAAUCAGUAA